AUGGAAGGUCGUCAAGGCGAUGUGUCCAUCGAUGCUGGCAUCCAAGCUACUCAAGGUAUGUCGCUUUCGAAACCACGGCCGUAUCCAGCUUGGUCAGAUCAAGCGCGUGGUGGCAUCUCCUUUUUCGAUCUUCCUUUGCAGGACGUCAAGUGUGACAGCGCCAAGCACAUAGUGGACAUCAUCAGCGAUGUGCCCCCGCCUGAUAAGACUGCCAUUGAGGCAGCAAUCAACUCUGGUCACUGGGGAAAGGAUCGGCUACCCGAACCGUUUUGCGUGAAAUCCGAUAUUGAAGUCAAGCUCAUCAAGCAGUUCGUCGUCAUCCCUCGAAACAAUGGCAACGCAUGCUUGGAGUCUUUGUGCUACGGAACACCUUAUGUCUUGAAGUGGCAAGGCCAUGCACAGAACUUCAGGAGAGGGUUUCAAUGGUUCUUGGAGCAGUUGGGUGGAUGGCAGUGUCAAUAUGCACUGACCCACCAACCCCGUGAUGGCUCCAAAGGUGGCUCUUACAUGGCCAAUCUGAGCGAAGAGGCGGUUGAUAAGGGCUUUGCUUUCAUCGAGGAGGAAGCAAGUCGACUUGGCACUGAGUGGAAGUGUGUUCAGUGGAUGACCAAAAACUUGAACACUACUCCCGAGUCCCCCAUCUACGCAUGGCCUCAAGACGUCGAGUACUCCGUCCUUGACUUCGCUGUUCGCCACAUGCUCAAGCACAUGAAGACGCACUCAAACGGCUUCGUUGGCAGCCCCGGCAGUGGCAAAACUCCACUGGCAUCCGAAUUCGAUUUCUUCCGAGGACAGGCUGGUCGCAAGGCGGAUGAAGCCACCUUCGACAAAGGUGACAUUAGCACGUCGGUCGAAUUCAAGCACCUCAUCAAAGACAAGAAGUCUACUUGGAUGUGGGAGCAAUGGGCGGGUGUUGUUCAACGAGGUCGUCCCGAAACACUUGUCUUGCACAGGCUCAACCCGAAGGUGACGGUCAAGAAAGCCCCCGGACCGGGCGCAAUUCGCAAGAUUGAGUGGCAGACUCUCGGGAACAAGCUUUUGAAGGGCCGGAAAGUGGUUCUACACACGGACUCAGCAAAAUCCUACAAGGCGUACAUCGACGGGGUCAUCCACGACCGAGUAGUUCAUUGCAAAAAACGAGUGAAAGUCAAUGGCCGUUUCAAGUGGAUUAAUCCCAAGUACGUAGGAAUCGUUGAGCAUAAAACUCCUGGCGCUCAGAAGAUUUUGUAUUGCAAGUCAGGAACUCAGGUGAUCGACAGAGCCUGCCGUUUUUUGGAAGAUAGGAUCGUCAUAAGCCAGAACUGCAAGGCCGGUUCCAAGUUGCUGCGUGCAAAUUUGCGCUCAGCGCAAUAUGAAUACUGGAACAAGAACGCAGAUCUUUGGCUCCAUACCGGAGUGUUGUGUCAUGCUCACACGCAACGCAUGCUGGCCGAGUGA